UUCUUUGCCACGAAAAAUCCGCUUCUGCAGUUACGCAUUCAUACACACACCUCAUCGUCAUCGUUUCACUCAAAACAACACAGCUUUCCAUCUUCCACCUCAGAAUUUACGAAUCAAGAAUCAUGGCUGAUGACCAUGUCCUCGCCAAACUUCCCUUAGACGUCGUCUUCCAAAUCCUCACAAAACUCCCAACAAAAUCCCUUCUUCAGCUCCGCAGCGUCUCCAAAUCUUUCAAUCCCUUAAUUCUCCACCCCCACUUCCUCAAACUUCACCUCGCCAACGCCGCCGCCGCCCACCGCCGCCACGUCAUCUACUAUGAGUCCACCGACUACAUAAAGGCCUACUUCUCGUUUCACGUGGAGGCCACCGGUUUCCCCCUGUGUAAGAUUCUCGAAACUCCAUUUAAGAGCGUUCAUGGCUAUUUGAGGAUCGUGGGUUCCGACAGAGGGGUUUUGUGUUUGUUCGAUACUAAUUAUUUCACAUUUGUCGGAACUGUGAUUUUGUGGAACCCCUUCAUUGGGAAGUUCAAGAUUCUCCCUUGCCCUAAUGAAUUGAGUUGUUUUAGAAGCAAUGUUUCGCAUAUUGCUGUUGGUUUCGGAUUUGAUUGUGUGAAUUUCGAUUUUAAGGUUGUCAAGAUUCUAUAUAGUUGUGACAAUGAUCAUGAAUUUAUGCCUAUAGCUUUGAUCUUCAGUGUGAAAAGUGGUUUUUGGAGGAGUAGUGGACUAGUUGUACCUUGCUAUAUGCCCAAGUAUUGGUGUAGCAGUGUGUUUGUUAAUGGGGUUGUACAUUGGUUGGCUUAUAAGCAACUUAGGCCUAAUGGCCCUCCUAAUUGCAUCAUGGGAUUUGAUGUGGUUGGUGAAGUGUUUAACUCCAUUGAAAUACCCCCAAAUCUUGGCCCUGAUUUGAAGGAGUUGAGGUUGUGUUCCUGGGUUGAUGACAAGUCCGUUGCUCUGUUUGUUGGUUAUCGUGAGAAUGUGGGCGAGGCGUGGGAUUUGUGGGUGAUGAAUGAGUAUGGUCAGGUGGGGUCGUGGACGAGGAACAGGACUAUUGUGCUUGAGCAGCUCUUCUUCCCCUUGAAGAUUGUCAAUGGUGGAGAUGUCUUGGCUGCAAUAGGCGAUGAGAAGUUGGUCGCCAUUGAUGUUGAGAACGAAGAGGUUAAGGAUCUUGAGGUGUGUGGCUUGCCUCUAUCCUUCUAUGCAGCUACAUACACGCCAACCUUGGCAUUGCUUGACAUCGGAGAGCAGAUUCUGGACUAGGUGUCCUUGGUUCCGUCUGAGGUUGUCAUGAUCGAUUUAUGCAGCUCCGAGGUUCUUCAUAACCAAUGCUUUUGGAGGUAAAGGCAUAGGCUGGAGAUGAGAUUUUUUGUUCUUGGAUGAUGUUUUUGAUGAUAUGAUUUAUAUGUUGUUUGAGUUAUGAAAUAAGACAUUUGGAGUAGCUAGCAAAUCUCGGACAACAAAGCUGUUUAUUUGAAUAAGCAGCUUUCUCAUCCUCCCAUUUGUAUCUAAUAAAAACUUGAUUUUGAGUA